AAAAAAGAAAAACGUGCGUGCAUAAUAUUGGCGAUAAUGGGGGCUAGGAAUCUGGAAAUGGGUACGAUGUGAUCGUAUGCGAGUCACAAAAAGGCGCUCUGACCCAAAUUGAUCGAGGUAUAAUGGACAGCAUGAGAGGAAGGACGAUAUAUAUCUCGCCGUUAUCAUUAUUAAUGGCAGCCACGUUAAAAUCGAAGAUGCGAGCGAUGUUUUAUGCUAAGUAUUCGAUCGUCAGCCAAAUCACGAAAUGAGGUACCUAUUAAAUGAACUGGCCGCCAGUGUUCGCCGAUGUUUGUUCGUCGCGCGGAACAAUGACUAACAGAAUCCGGUUUCAUAAAGGUGUACGCUUUAAAAGCGCUUUAAAAGGCCACCCGCAGGUUUGUCGAUCGUCAGUCACAUCCCGCUAUUCAAUUUGAAAAUGCCUCGAUUGCGUUAUAAUCUGCAAUACGAAAUGUGGUCGACGCAGAUAUAUCGAUGGCUUUUUUUCAUCAGCGCAAUAUCUUCGAGAAGCCUCGCGAACAGAUUGGAGUCUCGAAACACGGUCCUCGUGAAUUUUCAUCGCAGAUACAACGUUUCUAACAUGGAAAUAUUUCACAACAACGGCUAUUUACCUCCAGCCUCAGUUCCGGAUGUUUCAUUGCCGGAAGUAAUCGAUAACAGAGCGCGAAAUGUGGUGGCAGCGGUGACGAACAAGACCGGAAACUAUCCCAACGCGUUGUAUCAUCUCUCCCAACGGGAUUCCUUGCGAGCCUUCACGCGAAACGGCUUACAAAGUACAAGAUAUCCAGGGAACGAUGGGUUGCAGACACAUCAUCGUCGACCUGUCUUUCCGCAAGGCAAAUACUCUCCACAGACUACAACGCAGCCUCUUCCUGAUGAUAUAUCGGCAUCUUCCUUCGCAAAUCGCAUCAGCAUUGAAGAGAUGUCUUGUCAGAACGCGGGAGACGAAUUGUUUUUCAGAGCAUCUAUCAAGGCACCGAAGAGUUUGGCACCGCCGGUGAUAGACAACGUGAUGGGUGAAGCCUGCCGAGUGAUAACAAUCAGGGACUCUUAUCGCGUCAAUUUUGAGAGGGAUCAAGUCUGGAAUUGCGGAGUCGUCGAUUGUUCCACAGACGGCAACCAAUCGUACUGCCUCGUGCUGAGAUUUCCCGUGAUUUCCGGUUUGCGAUUGAGGGACGAUCACAGUGUGACGUUGCGAUGUAAAACUCAGGACAAAAUCGCGCAUCACACUAGGCGGAUCAGCGUGAAAACUUUGGAAGCGAAGGCAAGGAACAUUCCAAGUGUGCUAAGCGGCGGCUUCAGGAAUGCUCUGGAUGUGGAUGUGGGACUGUUCAGAAAGACUUACGGCUCGGAAAACAUUUUCGACACGAGAAUACAAUCAGGCGGCACGGUCGUCCUCGGCGAGGAGAUUCUGCUGCGUGUGUUAGUGAACAAUGACGAUGGCUGGCGGCAUUCGAAAAUCGGCCAGGUGACGGUACACUAUGUAGAAGAGAGACAGCAGCAGAAAGUCAUCAACAGUCUGUGGAUUCUAGACAAGGAUGGUUGCUUGAAUUCGGACGUGCAUGAUAUCUGUCCUCGGGAGCAAUAUUUAGCGUCGCCGUUAGAAAGCUACUUGAUCUUCCAAGCGUUCAUGUUCGAGGGCAUGAAAGAGACAGACGAGAUUUUCUUUACUGUGAAGGCCAUGGCGUGUCUGGAUCCCGUAGAUUGUAUUCUGGAUUGUCCUGCCGGUCACGUUCGACGUGCCAGGAGCGUCCCGGAUCGAAACGACACUGCCGAGUGGCAGGAUGAUAUAAUCCUACGAGUGGUUCUUCCAAAAUACGCGACGCGCACGUCGCAAAAUUAUUACUUAGCGAUCUUGUUAUCGGCAGUUGCGCUGCUCGCGCUAAUCGGGCUUUGGUUCGUUCAAACCUCGUUUCGCCGAAAGAUAUCGAAAUAUUGAAUAAUAAAUGUUUUUAAUUUAAUUUUAUCUAUAUUGUAGAUAUAUAAAAUGUCAAGUUGUAUAUAU